GAAGAGGGCCGGCCAGAGGUGACGCCGUGGCGGCCGAGGUGCGGGGUUCCGCGGCAGUCCGGGCGGUGGAUGGCGGCGGGAUGGAGCCCGAGGGGAGCGGCGGCGGCGGCGGCGGCAGCGGCGGGUCGGCCGGGCUCAUGCAGCAGAUCCUCAGCCUGAAGCUCGUGCCGCGGGUGGGCAAUGGGACCCUGUGCCCCAACUCCACUUCGCUCUGCUCUUUCCCAGAGAUGUGGUAUGGUGUGUUCCUGUGGGCACUUGUGUCUUCUGUCUUCCUUCAUGUCCCUGCUGGAUUACUGGCCCUCUUCACCCUCAGACAUCACAAAUAUGGUAGGUUCAUGUCUGUAAGCAUCCUGUUGAUGGGCAUCGUGGGACCAAUUACUGCUGGAAUCUUGACAAGCGCAGCAAUUGCUGGAGUUUACCGAGCUGCCGGGAAGGAGAUGAUCCCGUUGGAAGCCCUCACUCUUGGCACUGGACAGACGUUCUGUGUGGUGGUGGUCUCUUUUUUACGGGUUUUAGCUACUCUCUAGCAUACGCCCUUUCACUGGGAUGGCGUACCUGCAUUUUAUAGACUCCUCAAAAGGCAGAGAUGGUGUCCUGGUUUCUUCAUUCCUCAAAUGGAAACGACUUGGAGGCAGGAGAAUGUGAAGAACACCGCAGCUCUUCCUUCACUUCGCAGCUCCAGCAACUGAAGACCCCUGCAGGCACCUCGCGUUCACAGCCAAUCCAAGCUCCUUGGCUCUCUUUUCUUUUGGCUAUCUAAGUUUUACAUGCAUAUCUUCACCUAAGCCAACAAUGCCUCAAGUUUGCAUCUUUUGAACAAGAAUUUGCAUCAUUAUUUGCAAGAAUGCAACAUUGCUGUUUCACAGAAACAAUGGAAAAUGCUAUUUAAUUUCAAGGAAGCAGGCUGCACUGUACUAGAAGCGUAUCGUCGUGAAGGUAAAGCCAAGUUGGCUUGGGUUGAGAACAAACUGGUGGAAUGUAACAGGAAGAAAUGAAGUAUAAUUCAAAGUAACAGCUUUGGUUCCACUGUCAAAAGUAGGUGACUACUGAGAAUGUGACACUCUCUGGAUAACUAUCUUGACCUCUGAUUAUUUAAUAUAUUUUAAGAGAUGUGAAUUUAUCAUUUGAUCAAAAUAAGCUAGCUAACUGGGAUUUCUUUUUCUUUUCUUUCUUCUUUCUUUUUUUCCUUUUUAAGAUGUGAGGACUUGCUUUGUUACCCAGGCUAGCCCAAACUCCUGGGCUCAAGUGAUCCUCCUGCCUCAGCCUCCUGAGUAGCUGGGACUAUAGACAUCACCGUCAUGUUUAAUUUAGGCUCUUUUCCCAAAGAAUUUCCAUAGUAUCUUUACCUGUCACCUUUAACACUGCCCAUUUUAUUUACUUUCUCUAGAAACUUGCAGACUUUCUUAAGUGGCUUGAGUUGAACUUCAAAACCAGACAGGUUAGAUACUGUCUGGGACAUUCAGGCACAAGUGAGACACUUGCAGGAUUCUGUUAUAGUUUUUCUUCCUAAUUUAAGUGUAUUUGAUGACUCCAAAACUUGUGAGCACUGCUAAAAUGAGUUAGUGGUUAUUGGUUUCCUUCUGUGUUUACCUAGCGAUGGUCCUCAGCCCACUUUGGCAGUAUUUGAGUAUCAACUCCCAGAAAGUGCCUAAAACUUCCUCUUAUUCAAGAGAAUUUAUAUCCUUAAGGAGAUAGUUUUUAACUUUAUUUUAGCUAUUUUAAUUUUUAACUCCACUGCCUAACUUUGUUUUUCAUUUAAAAAGACCUGUGAACUGUGACCUUCAGAAGGGAAAGGGAUGUAAAAAAGUAUGCGCCUUUCAUCAUUUUAACGGUUUUGUAUAAAGUACAAUGUUCUUGUUGUUAUCUGUUCUCAAAGUAGCCGCUGGUAUUUAACUCUCACAUUUUAAAAGGGGAAUGUUCACUGUGAGAUUAAGACUGACAACCUAUGAGGGCAUACAUUUAUCUUAAAGCAAUAUGCUUUCAGCUUCUGGUUAGAAGUAGCCAGGAGGGGACCAGCAAGAUGGUUCAGCAGGUGAAGGUGCUAACCUCUGGCCUGAGU